AUGGAAGUGAGUGAGAAGAACAUCUGCGGCAAAACGGAAGAAAUCGUCGACGGCGGUCUGCAGAUGCAGACUUUGCGUACGGUAACGCGUGUGUAUGUGUACGACAACUACUGCGUCGGUGACGUAGCAGUGAUCGUUGGACUGUCGUUUUGCUUACGCGUUUUGUACGUUUUCGGCGGCAACGGUGGCGGUGUGUCAGGAGAUGCUGGUGACACGCUCGCACGGUUUUUAACUCACGUUUUCGGCGGCAACGGUGGCGGCGUUUGUUGCGCGGCCGUACCACGUCGAGGUGGUAACGCUGGUGGCAAGGGUACGGACAAACAUACGGUCGGUGAACUGGAUUCACUGGUUGGCCUAAAGAAAACCACCCGCAGUUGUUCGUUAUUAGACAUGGUCCCAGGUGUGGAUGAGGAUGACCCCAUAGCAGAGUGUCGAGGCGGAAGAGCAGGAGGUGGUGAGGCUUUAGCUAGCCUAAAGUACCAACCUCCCGACAUUCUCACGGGUGUUUGUGGGGAUCGACUUGACGGGGAUGAGUUGACGGGCACUGUCCGUCGUGGGUAA